GUUUGCAUGCAGCCCGACAGCGGAGGUUGACUGCGGUGGGAUGGGCUGUGAGGUGUUCAAGAUGGCGGCGCCCUGUGGAGUGCAGCUACUCUAACAGAGGUGCCUGGAGACUGUGUUGGUGGGUGGCCCCAGGAGUCCUCCAGGCAGGCAGGGACGGACACCGCGAGAGAGACGCUGCCUCCACCCCCAGCACUGCCACCACCAUGGCCAGGGAGCAGCCCAACGUGGGGGACCUCCUCCCACUCCUGGAGACCUCCGACCUCCACCAGCUAGAAGAGAUCAGAGGCCUCAUCAACGAGCAGCUCAGCACUGAGCGAGGGUCCAUGCUGCUGAACGGGCUGGUGGACUACUUUUUGGAAACAAACUCUGCCCAGGCCAUGCAUAUCCUCUCCUCAGUCAGAGAGCCGCACGAUAAGCACCUUCUGGACAAGAUGAACGAGUGUAUGACCAAACAGGCCUGUCGGCUACCCACCCUCACCCUGCUCGGCCAUGUAAUCCGCAAGCAGCCGUCCUGGAUCCACAAGAUUGCUCGAUACCCUCUGCUGCUCUCGCUGCUCAAAUGCCUAAAGACGGAUACAGACGUGGUGGUGCUGAUAACUGGAGUGCUGGUGCUGAUCACUCUGCUACCCAUGAUCCCUCAAGCUGGAAAACAACACCUGUGGGAGUAUUUUGACAUCUUUGGUCGCCUUGCAUCUUGGAACCUUAAGAAUCCUGGCCAUGUUUCAGAGGUUUACCUAAUCCACCUGCACGCCAGCGUCUAUUCACUCUUCCACCGUCUAUACGGCAUGUACCCGUGCAACUUUGUAUCCUACCUGCGCUCCCAUUACAGCAUGAAGGAGAACAUGGAAACCUUUGAGGAAGUAGUGAAGCCGAUGCUUGAACACGUUCGUAUUCACCCAGAACUGGUGACAGGAACCAAGGACCAUGAGCUCGACCCCACCAGGUGGAAAAAGUAUGAAAUCCAUGAUAUCGUCAUCGAAUGUGCCAAAGUGUCUCUAGACCCCAAGGAGGCCUCUUGUGAGGAGGGCUACGCCACCAUGCCUGAGAUCUUCUACCCCCAAAUCCACCUGCGACCACAAGACUGCACUUCCAGCCCCUACACAGACCUCCACAGCAGCUACGGAAGCUCUUCUUCGACCCCAUUCUCGACUCCACGGCAGCCGCUACCCCCGCCCCUGUCCUUGCCCCCCUUCUCAGGGACACACUCCUCCUACCGCAGCCCACAGACCUCCAGACGGCAGAACUCCACCUGUGAACUCAACUCUUCCUGUGGGGGGAAGGACCCUCUGUGGAGCCCCUCCUCGUUGUGUGGCAUGGCCACACCCCCCUCCUCCAGGGGCAUGUCGCCCAACUUGGAGCUCUCCCACAGUGCCUCACACCUUCCCAGCCGCUUCCACUGCACAUCAGGAGGGAAAGGAACGCCUGCCUCCAGCACUCCAGCCACCUCUUCCCCACCUCCCACCCUAUCAGAUGACUUCCCCAUAAUCUCCUUACCAGCCAACACAGUCCAGUCCAGCCCGCCAAGAAAGGAUCGUCGACAAGGAGAAGGCAGCAAGGCAACACUGGUGAGACAGGAACCAGUGAAAGAUACAGAGAAGAGUGCAGACACAGCCACAAACAGAGAUGCAGGAGCUGCUGAGAACGUCUCCAUGACUUUGACAGAGCUGUCGGUCUUCAUGAAGAAACAGGAGCUGGAGCUUCAGCUGAGAACAGAGAAAGAGAGGGAAGAGGCCGCCAUCACAGAGGAGCUGCUGAAGAUCACUGAGGAUAAGCAGGAGCUGUCGGGCCUGAGGGGCUUCGACUCCCCUUUCUAUCACACCACAGAGACUCUGACUGGCUGUCAGGCACAAGACAAGACCCUCUCCAACGCCCAGCCCGGAGGCCCCGUCCGGGACACCCACCAUGUUGUGUCGACGCCAGACAAAGCAGAGAACACUGCCAGCAACAGUGGUGUCGGGAGUGAACGAGGAGGGGCAGGAGGAGCCGGAGGAGACAGCAGGAGUUCAGCUCUCGGCCUCGAGCAGUCCUGGUCCUUCCAGUCAGGUUUCACCCCCAUCGAUCACCACCUGCACCGGAGCCCCUCCGCCCCGGACGACGAGGUGGCCAAGUUUGGGAUGUUCUCCCCGAGCCCGUGCAGCAAGACCCCGGCCCCGGUGCCGUACGAGUCGUUCUUCGACCUGGCCCUGCCCAGGGCGGCCUCGCUCUUCGUCGGCCAGAAGACGUCGGAGGCGGUGCACAAGGCGGCCAUGGAAAGGCUGUCGCAGUGGGAGGAGGGGUUGGAGGAUGGGGAAGAGGAAGGGGUAGUGUCUGCUUCACCACUAGAGGUGCUGGAUCGCCUUGUGCAGCAGGGGAGCGACGCCCAUGAUAAAGUGCUCAAGAGAGCCUGCCUGGGUUGUUUCCAGUCUAUUACUGCAGCCGAAAGGAAACACCCAGUUGAGAACAAAUUACCUUUGCCAAGUAAGUCAGCUGACUGGACACACUUUGGAGGCUCAGCUCCGCUGGACGAGCUCCACACGCUGCGGAGCCAGCUGCUCCUGCUGCACAACCAGCUGCUGUACGAGCGCUACAAGAGGGAGCAGCACGCCGUCCGCAACCGACGCCUCCUCCGACGCAUCAUCAACGCCACUGCACUGGAGGAGCAGAACAACGCUAUGAAGGACCAGCUGAACCUGCAGAGUGUGGACAUCUUGUCUCUGAGGGAGAGUCUGCAGGUGGAGCAGCAGAGGUACAGGCAGCUGUGGGACGACCGGGAGACGGUGGUGACCAGGCUGCACAGUCAGAUCCGACAGCUGCAGCAGGGACGAGACGACUACUACACCAAGAACCAGGAGCUCCAGAGCAAGCUGCAGGAGUGUCAGAAAAGGAUGGAUGAACUGGAGGCGGAGCUUCAGAGGGCCAACAACAAAGUCUGCCACACUGGUCACCUCCUCAACCAGAUGACUAUCAAGCUGAGCAACAGUGAGAGCACCCAGCAGCAGAUGAGCUUCCUGAACAAGCAGCUGCUGCUCCUCGGGGAGGCACAUAAGCUGUCCAUGCAGGAGCUACACCACACAGGAGCUGAUAAUAUGAAGGAGGCCCAGAUGCUGCAGGUGUCUUAUGGAAAAGAGGUGGAGACGCUGAGGCAGAACCUGCUGGUUCAGGGUCAGAAGCUGGAGGCAGCGCAGCAGAGAGUCUCCGAGCUGGAGACGCACCUCUCCAAGAAGGAACACCUCAUUGUCGAGCAGAAGAAGUUCCUCGAGGAUGUAAAAUGUCAAGGAAGGGCGGAGCUGCAGGCCUCAGACAGCAGGUAUCACGCUCAGAGGAGAAUCACACAGCUGCUGCAGACGGAGCUCCUGCAGCUCUACAGCAGGGUGGAGAUGGAGGCUCCUGCCAGCACUGCCACCGGUUCACCAGCAGGGGGCAGAGCUGACCCGCACACUUGUGUUGACUCCAGUGUCAUGAUGCCAGAUGGACCAAGUAAAACUCACACCAACGACGAGGCGGACAGUAUACCACCACACGACUCCCCCCGGGGCAACGGCAGCACUUUAUCGCCAGGGCAACCAAAGGCGAGCAACUCUUCCAAGACAACAGCCAACUCCAUCAACGGCAGCCAGGACCUGGCCCCGCCCCUGCUCGUGGAGCCCUCCCUGUCCUGUCCCCAUGCCAAUCCACUCGCACCCCUGCCCCCCUCUGACGCGCCGCUCACCGUGGGCUCCUACCCCAGCGCCAAGAGCUUCCUGGGCAUGAGGGCGCGCGAGCUGUUUCGCAACAAGAGCGAGAGCCAGUGUGACGAGGAGCAACCGCCGCCGCGCCUGGCAGGCCUCGCCCAUGGCCUGAAGACUGAGCUGUGUGUGGAGCCGCCCUGCCCGGGUUACAUCGCCACCGUCGGCCCUGCACCUUGCCCCAUCCCGACUCCGCCCCCCGUCCCAGCCCCAGCCCCAGCCCCCGCCAUCGCCACUCCUCUCACUGUGCCCACCAAGGACCCCCCUUCUGAGCCCAAGCAGCGGGCCUCCAGCCAGGAAAGCCCCCGCAGGAAGGCAGGGGCGGGGCCAGGUGGAGGGCGGGGUCAUGCGGGGUCAGGGCGCCCCCGGCAGCAGCAGCUAAAGAUCAUGGACUAUAAUGAAACACAUCACGAGCACAGUUAGAGACACAGAACUGAGCCGGGGCGGAGGCGGAGAGACUGAAGUUUAACGAUGAAGAAGAGCUACAAAUCAGCGAAAGAGUAUCAUGUCAGCAACUCUUUGGAAUUCAGUGUUAUAUGUUCCAUUCCUCUGAGUGGGCAACAGGAUUUCCCCCAGUGUUUUUUUUUUCUUUUUUAUACUGAUUCAUUCCCCUGAAGAAUUUUGACAAGCUUCACAGGGCCACAAAGUCAACGUGUUGUUACCAGUGGAGAUGCCAGAUUUUUGAAUUUGGUUUUGAGACAAAGAUGCUCAAAGAUAUGCCGGCAGGAUGCGAUGGAACUUAUCAAUAACUUAUACGUGACACUGUGAGUUUCAUGUUUAAAUGGUCAGUUCACCCAAACUGCCAACAUGGACAUUUUCCCAUUUGGCUGCAAUUGAAUCAGCCAUGCAGAUCGUUCUGCUGUAAUUUGUCUAAAAUCUUUACAUCUGUCUCUGUGAUUUCUGCCUCCACAGCCAACACAAUGGAAGUAUGGAAGUGAAGGGAAUUCCUGUUGCGAUGCUCACAGCACGGGAAGAUUACAUAAAAAAAAAAAAAACACUCAGUAGCAUCUUCUGAAACGGUGUCACAGUUACUUCGGAUAAUCCGUAGACCUUUC